GCUGCAGCGUGGAAGAAUACAGAAAUAGAUACACAGAUAUAUAUAUAUCCUACAGGAGGGUAUUAUUCGCUAUGAACGUUUUGAUAUGUGGUUGAACACAGAAAGAACUAUUUCACAUGCGACAGCCGACCUGUGGAGACAAACCGCUGCUGCUUGGCUCUGCCCGCCCCCAAACACGGGUGCUAUGGGCGGAGUCGAGGUUCCCAAAUAUUAAUAGGCCUCUGGAUGGAUGUCAUGCAUAUGGGCCAAGCGCAUCAGAACGAAUUUUUUUCGGCUCCACUGUCUUGUCCUCAAGGGCGCUGCCAAUCCACAAGGACAAUGAAGCAGAAAAAUCUUACACGUGGCAAGAUGGCAUUUCUUCUCUACAUCUUGUAUUUACUUUUUCGCUGUGCCGAAAAGAUCAGGAAAUACAAACUCAAGCUUGUGGGAGUUGUAUUUAAACGAACAGAUUUAAAACGAACAGAACAGCGAACACUAAAAUAUUCAGGGGUAACU